AUUACGGUGGUGAGACGAUCUCCCGAGAAGCUCUGUGAAGCACUAAUUGCGACACCUCGUCGUCUGAGGUUUCCGUCGACCGUCAGGAAGGCCAGCUGCACAGGUCUGCGCGACAGGACUUCCCGGCGGUGAUGACUAGCGGCGUGCAGGCUUGCCGCUGCCACCGAGGCCAGUGAGCUGCCUACGUCAGGGCUUCUAUGGACCGGCUACCGCAGCCGGUCGUGUGAUGUCCCUGACCACCGUCGCGUCACGUGUGGCUAGGUCUGGCCAAGAAAGACCGAGACGAUCGAUAUCCGCAUGCUGCCGCUGGCUCGCCCUCAGGCCUCUCCGCAAGAGAGAGAGCGCCCAGCGGUGUUAAGGCGGAGAGAUAGGCGUCGGUACAGAGCUCCUGGCGCGCCCUCUGCCUCUGCGGUCCGUAACGGCCCAGUACCGGCCCUCACGGGGUCAGACAGACCGAACCCGGCGGGCCCCUGCUCCGGCUCCAACGCAGCGAAGGGGUACUGGGUGGGGGGCUCGUCCCGGUGGAGAGAGGGGAUUCCUCCGGCAAGGAUGCAAGGGCAAAUCCCGCCUCCUCCCUGUUUGACCCCACGGUAACAAGGUCGUCUUUUUCAAAUGAAAAUAAAAGAGAUAACUUGUAUUCCAGUCAGAGUGUCUUUUCUUUCCACACAGCCACGUAAUGUUGACCCUACAGAUUCCCCACUCGCUGCCCAGGUUGUUACUCCAGUAAAGGAGGCAGCUAGUGCGCGGGUGAGAGUGAUAAACCGCGCUAUGCGGGUACAGGGACAUUAUUGCCGGCGUAGCACAUUUAACGCAGAGUGUAAAAACUCAGUUUGAUGCAUUUCACUGUUUGGGUGAAAGCAUCAUGGCGGGGCGCGUGCUCCCACGCGUUCAAGGCCCUCAGUAGAGAGUCGGCCCUUUUUGUGUCGACCCCCCAUGGGCAGAGCUUCCCUUCGCGGGGAGUUUUGCGGCGAGACGGGUCGCCAGAGAGUACCACAGCUUUAUCGCUGGGGCCCCACAACUGAUUGCACAUCCCCUAACACAGUGUUAUGGGGAAUGGAAGCGCAGCUGCUUGUUAACGGAGUGGAUGGACAGGACGCUGAGACUGGGUUAUUCACUCCAGUUUUGCAGCAUCCCUCCUCAGUUCACAGGCAUAAGAGAGGCAAAGCUAUCAUCCCGAGAGAGCUCAGCAGAGGUUCAGGCCUUGGUGCAAAAACAGGCAGUAUCUGCCCUAACCCGCAAGACAGAGAGGUGGGGCAUUAUUAUACUUCCUGGUUCCCAAAAAGACAGGCGAAUUCAGGCCCAUUCUGGAUCUUCGCAGUCUGAAUCUCUACAUUGCACGUAGAAAAUUCCGGAUGUUAACUAUAAAACAGUUACUGGGACUGGUGCAGCCAGGCGAUUGGUUCACAACCAUCGACCUGAAGGAUGCUUGCUUUCAUGUCGAGAUUGCUCCGAAACACAGAAAGUAUUUGCGUUUUUCCUUCAUGGGGGUGGCCUUCGAGUACAACAGACUACCGUUCGGCUACUCCCUAUCCCCACGCACGUUCAGUAAAUGUGUGAGGGACAGGCUAAGACAGGGUGGAUUGUCGGAUAGUGUUGUUCAGUCUAUCCAGGCUGCUAGAGCGGGAUCCACCACAGCCUGUUACCGGCCGAAGUGGCUUGGAUUCCAGCGAUGGUGUGAGGAGCGGAAAAUAGAGCCCCUAUCUUGUGAAUUGGGAUCUAUUUUGUCUUACUUACAGUUACUGGUGGACAGAGGGCUUGCUCAUUCCACCGUGAAAGUGUAUGCAGCAGCCAUCUCGUCCUGCCAUGAGGGAUUUGGCGGCAGGUCAGCCUUUUCUCAGCCACUAAUGUUACGUUUUUUACGGGGGGUCAGGAGGCUGCGCCCAGUAGUGCGCGCCUCCGCCCCGCAGUGGGACCUGCCGCUGGUGCUCGAGGCUCUGGUCACAGAACCAUUUGAUUCUCUGGAGCUCUCCUCCAUAAAAGCACUGUUGUGGAAAACAGCUUUGCUACUUGCCUUGACGUCAGCCAAAAGAGUCUCCGAGUUAACCGCUCUAUCGGUGCUCCCGAGUUGUUUAAUGAUCCGGGUGACACUCAGACCGAACCCCUCCUUUGUGCCCAAUAGCCUAAGGAGUGCGUUCAGGUCGAGGGCUAUUCAGUUGGGGGGCUUUAAUCUUCCACCCCAUAGUGGGGCGAGGGAGGCUAAAUUACACCUCCUCUGCCCGGUGCGUGCGCUAGCGUGUUAUGUGAAGCGCACGGCUGCCCUUAGACGCACUGAACAGCUGUUUGUGUGCUUCGGGUGCGGGGUGAUCGGGAAAGCCCUGUCCAAGAAACGCCUGGCAGGCUGGCUCUGCGAGUGCAUUGCACAUGCCUACGGACAGGCGGGGAAAGCUUUCCCCACGGGGGUCCGUGUGCACUCUACACAAGCCAUGGCUGUGUCAACAGCUUUAUUCAACGGCGUGAGUGUGGAGGACAUAUGCACGCCAGGCCCCUUCAUAAAGUUUUAUCUCUUGGACAUGUCUGGGUCCUUUUCAUCGUCUGUGCUUGCUGGGACAACACAGGACUGGUGAGGAGGGACGGGGGCUGUGUUGGUCAGUGGGCAUCUGACCCCCUCCGUGGGCGUAAUGCGCUUACGUUUUCCCCCCGGGCCCCGGGGGACGUGACUCGCACAUUGGCCCAUAGGUGCUGGAGGACUCUUUUCCCCCUGCUUUAGGGCAGGUGGGGGGAGUCCUCCACGUCAUAGCACACCUCCGCGGGGUAAGCGCGUCAGGGUGUGCUCGGUCAGCCGCAGCCUCAUUUUUCUCCACGGUUACGACCGAGGGAGAGGUGAGUGAGGCGCAGCGGCUGCUAACCAGAAAGCCGGUCAGAAACAGUGAGAUGGAACAGUGUUGUUGUGGGACGACAGCGCAUAUAUACAUCGGGGCCUGUGAGAGAUAUAACGAGGGGUUACGUAUGGUAACCCUUGUUAUGUAAACACAGGCGGAGCCCUCUACUCAGGGGCCCGGUCUGUCCUAUGCUGCUUGCUGAAGAGAAGUGUAG